AUUAGUCAUGUCAAAUGAGUAAUGUUUUUUUAUCUGUUUUAAAGCUGUCAAAUUGAAAAUAAACAUAUAAUUUUUAAAAUUACUUCUUUUGCUUCAAAUUUGUCUAUUAUUUGAAGUAAAAAUAAUACAUAAUUACUCACAAAAAAAAACAUGAACGGAGCAAAUUCUUCUUUAUUAUCAACAAACUCUGAAGAUGAUUCGUUUGUUGUACUUGGACGAUCAAUUAUGCCAGAAAACGGUAUUAUUCAAUCGACAUCAUCGAAUAUGCAACGAUCAGAUUCACAGAAUUUGAAAGAUUCUUGUUUAAGUAUACCAAAUUCAUUUCCUAAAAUGCCGAAUUUAAAUCAGUCAAAUUUAAUUACAUCAUGUGCAAUGAACACUUCUGCACUUACUUCGAAUUCGGAGCUAAGUGCAAAUGAAAUUGAAUCAAAAUUAAGUGCUGUGCUCCAAGAAAAUAUGUAUUUGAAAGAGGUACUAAACCAGAAUAAUUUUGCGAUCAAAGAACAAUUCGAUAAACUAGUAAAAUGGCAGGAAGAAGUAAUGCAAGUUCAUUCAAGUCAUCAGGAAAAAUUUGACGAAACUAAACAAUUUAUCGCAAAUUUGCGAUUAGAAAAUGCAAAUUUAAAAAGAAAAUUGAAUGCAUAUGAAAGUUUGGAAGUCGAAAAUUCGGCACUAAAAAAUAAAAUUGAAUUAUUGGAAAAUAAAAGCAGUGGUGAUGGAAGUUUAGGAUCACCUGAUCAAAAAUGGAACGAAUUGGUUGAUCAAUUAUCACAUCAAUUGAGUUUGGUGGAAAAAGCACGGCGAGAUGAAUUGAUUAAUAAUCAACGCGAACAAGAAAAUAUGCGCUCAGAAACGUUAUCAUUGAAAGAACAGUUGUUAUCUGCACAAAUUAAACUUACAGAAUUUGAAUCAAAGAAAGAAUCUUUAAAAUCAUUCCAUGCGUCCACUAUUAUUGACACCAUUGAUAAAGAAAAAGAAGGAAAUCAUAUGAAACGUUUAAAAGAAAAUGCAACCACAUAUGAAGAGCAUAUUCGAAAUUUAAAACGAUUUUUUGAUUCACAAAAACAACGCCAAAUUCAGCUACGAAAUAGUUUGGAAGCUGCUAUUAAUGUUUUAACAUCAAAAGGACCACAAAAAGAGAUUGACACGAUUUUAGAUAGGCUGAAGAAAGAGUUAGAAGAUGAUUCAGAUAAAGUUAUUAUGGAUCAAUUUGUAACCGCACAAAAUAAUUUCCAUAAUAUCUUUUUUGAUUUGAAAAUGUUAAAUCAAGAAUUGGAAAAUAUACAUCACGAAUUGGAUAACACAUUACUUGAUUUAAACGUUAGCAAUAAGCAAAUAAUAUCAUAUAAAAAAGAUUUAGCUGCGUCUAAAGCUGAAGUCGCGGAGCUAAUGAAAUUAAAUGACGAAUUAUCUGAACAAAUUACAUUAUUAAAACGUGAAUUAUCAAUGAAACUUAGUGCGCCAAAAGUUGACGUACAAGAAUUAACAAAAUUAAACGAAGAAAUUAGUGUUUUAAAUAAUGAAAUCAAAAUUAAAGAUAACGCUUUACAGUUAAAAUCAGAUGAAAUGACUAAAUUACAGGAAACAGUUCAACGAUUACAACUUGAAAAUGAAUCAAUAUCUAUUUUAAAAGCACAAGUUGAAUUAUAUCAAUCUGAUUAUAAUGCUGAAAGGGGUAUUCGACUUGAAUUAGAAGGUGAACGAAAUCGUCUUGCGGAAGAUUUACGUUUAUUGCAAAGACGCAAUAAUACGUUAAUCAAUCGUAUUGAAUCGUCACCAGAAUCAAGUUCUCAAAACAAUCCGUCAAUGAAUCAGUCCUCCUCAACACCUUCGGCUCCAACUAUGCAGCCGCAAUUCGUAUGUCCUAAGUGUGGAUUUCAAUUAAAAACAUAUGACGAAUUGGUAGUUCAUGUGAAUGUAUGUCUUGAUAUGGAUGAAAUGAUCCCAUAAAAACAUAAUCAUUUUAAUGAAACCAAAAUAAAAAAUGUUAAUUUUAAGAAUGUUAAUCUAGAUGUAAGUACC